AUGUCGGAUCCCGAGCUGGAGGAGACGCCCUCGGCCCAGCCGUCCAAGCGGCGCAAGCGGAACGAUGGCAGUGCCGACCACAGCUCCCCAGAACCUGCGCCCCAGCACGAGACCGAGACAGACCCAGACCCCCCUCGCAACCCACCAUCGCCAGCCUCGCCCACCAGCCAGCGCCGCAGCCUCUCCAUCCGCCAUCCCAGGCCCACAUCAGACAACAACAGCACCCCCUCGAGGUCACCAUCACGCUCAGACUCCGCGUCGCAGUCAAGGUCCAGGUCCAGGUCCAGGCCUCCCCCGCUCCGCCCCAACUUUCAACCCUCGCUCGAGCUGCGCGGCCACGAGAAGCCAAUCUCCCAGGUGCGCAUAUCUCCCGACGGCAGGUGGAUCGCCUCCGCCUCCGCCGAUGCCACCGCCAUGAUCUGGGAUGCCGAGACCGGCGCCCACAUGGACACCUUUGUCGGCCACAUGGCCGGCGUGUCGUGCCUGGCCUGGAGCCCCGACAGCGAGACCCUCGCCACCGGUUCCGACGACAAGACUAUCCGCCUGUGGAACAGGACCACCGGCGACCCCGCCCACGCCGGCGGCGCCGACGACAAUGCCGCCGCCGCCGCCGUGGGGAGGAUCGGCACGAGCGCCAGGGGCAUUGGCGGUCGCACCGGCGACGCCGGUGUCAGGGCGAGCGGCGGCAGGAAACCAUUGCUCGGCCACCACAACUAUCUCUACUGCCUCGCCUUCAGCCCCAAGGGCAACAUACUUGCGAGCGGGAGCUACGACGAGGCCGUCUUCCUGUGGGACGUGCGUGCGGGGAGGCUGAUGCGGAGCUUGCCCGCCCACAGCGACCCCGUCAGCGGCAUUGACUUUUGUCUGGAUGGCACGCUGGUGGCCAGUUGCUCCACAGAUGGCUUGAUACGCAUCUGGGACACCGCCACUGGCCAAUGCCUGCGCACUCUCGUACACGAGGACAACCCCUCCGCCAGCUCCGUCUGCUUCUCUCCCAACGGCCGCUUCGUGCUGGCCAGCUACACCGACUCGUGCGUCCGCUUGUGGGACUUCAUCAACAUGCCCUGCGCCGUGAAAAAGACGUACCAGGGUCAUAUCAACGAGGGGUACUCUGUCGGAGGCUGCUUCGGAGUCAUACGGCGCCCGCCGCCCGCGGGUGCCCGCGGCACCUCACAGAAUGGCCAUGCCGGCCAGCUGAACGGAGCGGGAGCGGGUGGGGCAAUCGAAGGACAAGACCCAACAGGAGAAGAGACAACAGGAGACGAGCAAGACGGGCAAGAACAGUGCCAAGACGAAGGCGUCCCCUUUGUCGCCUCGGCAAGCGAGGACGGCGACGUCGUCAUGUGGGACGUGCGCACCAAGGAAAUCGUGCAGCGCAUCUCCGGCGCCCACAGUGGCGUCUGCUUCUGGGUCGACGUCCACAGCGCCUCGGGCACCAUGGUCACCUGCGGCUACGACAAGCGGAUCGUGGUCCACCGCCACAAGCAGCUGGAGUCGCGGCCGGGGGCGCAGGAAGACGGGGGCCCUGCCAGUGUAGACAUGAACGGCCCAUAUCCGCCCGGCGAGCAUGAUGCGACGGCAGGCCAGGAGAGGUUGCGCGUGACUGCGUCUGCUCAGGUCAACGGCGAAAAUGGACAUGAUCACGACGAGGCCGAAUUGUGUGCCGGGUCGGAGAACGCGGUCAAUGAGGACGUCCCGAUGACAGGCUAG